GGCGUGGACGGAGCUGGAAGUGUUUGAGGGUUUUUCCGACGUCCUGCUGGCAGGGGAGCAGAAAUUUUUCCCGUGAGUCUUUCCUCCUGCUGCUCUGGCUGUAACGUCAGCAGAAGUUUCGGGUCUGGAUCAGAACUUAGAUUGACUCUAAUCUUCAUAAGCCGAGGAUCUAAUCAGCUGAGAUCCGCUGGUCCUUUGGGUCGAGUUUCUGAGUCUUUGAAGCCAGGAAUAAACAGGGAGUAGCUUCCUCUAUAACUGUUAGGACUUGCCAGAGACUUUCCAUUGUGCAGUGCUGUGGGAACGCCAUAUUUGGAUGUGGGCGGAGCAUCACAUAUCUAAAAACAGUGGUGGAGCUGUGUGCUCAGACAGAGAGCAGACUUUGAAGCACAGAGAAAUCAUGUUGCUGCAACCGACCUGGGAUCUCGUGCUGCGGCACACCGCGGUGAUGCACUCACCAGUCUUCCCCGUCCUGUUUUCACUCCUGGUCUACCUGGCCUUCUGCCUGCCCUUCCUGCUGCUGGACCUGCUGGCCUCCAGGUGGGCCUGGGUGCGCAGGUUCAAGCUGCAGCCACAGAGCUCCAUCAGCUGGACGUCCGUGCGGAGCUGCCUGGCUUUGGCGCUCUACAACCACCUGGUCUUCAUCUUCCCGCUCACGCUGCUGCACUGGUACCUGCGGCCGGAGCACUUACCUGAGGAGGCGCCCCCCCUGCCGAGUCUGCUGGCGCAGGUGCUGGUCUGCCUGCUGCUCUUUGACUUCCAGAGCUUCAUGUGGCACCUGCUGCACCACAAGGUGCCCUGGCUGUACCGCACCUUCCACAAGGUGCAUCACACCUACACGUCCACGUCCGCCCUCACCGCCGAGUACUCGGGUGCCUGGGAGACCCUCAGUCUGGGGCUGUUCGCCGCCGUCAACCCGGAGCUCCUGGGCUGCCACCCGCUCACCAAGCUGAGCUUCUUCACGCUCAACAUCUGGCUGUCGGUGGAGGACCACUGCGGCUACGACUUGCCCUGGGCCACCCACCGCCUGGUGCCGUUCGGUCUGUACGGUGGCGCGCCCCACCACGACCUCCACCACCUCAAGUCCAAGUGCAACUUUGCCCCCUACUUCACACACUGGGACUGGCUGUUCGGGACGCUGCAUGUCCAGGACUGACGGCGCCUGAACGCGUCGCAGGGAUGCUGGCGGACUGAAUUAUUUUAUAACUUAUCACAUUUCGUUUCUUUUAUAUUAAAAGGUAAAAAAGUUUUAGCUGCUGGCAGAUUAUUUAUUUUUAUAUUUAUUUUUAUAGGAAGGUUUUUAAAUCUUAGCUGCUGUUCACGUGUGCACUGAAGUCAGAAUCCUUAACCCCACUGACCUCUCCCUGCUGAAGGGAUCCGAAAGUUUGAGCAGCUCCGCGGCUCAGGUCGGCGGAGGCUGCGCUGCUGAAGAUGGAAACGGAAAGUGAUCUGUGAUUUGAGUUCUGAGGAUGAGGAGGAGGAGAUGCUGUAAGGGAAAAUAAUAGACAGAAAAUGUGAAAGUUUGUCGUUUUUGAUGUGAAAAAGGCCGAAUAAACAGAACGAAAACGA